UACUGUCAUCCAAUACGUUUUAAUACCCAGCAAGAAAAUGGAACCGAUUCCUUUAAUUCCCAAGAGUACCAUCAAAUCCAAUCAUGAUAUUUCCCACGUUAUCCAAGAAACGUUUCAGGAAAGUUUUGGAAAAAGAGAUUAUCCUGAAAAUAUUAUGAAGAAUAUGACUAAAUUUAAUAUAGAAAGUCAAGAUUUAAAAGGAACUGCUGAAUGUACACAAAAUAUAAUUAAUAAAUACAAUGAAAAAUCUGAUUUAAUAACAGAAACUGAACGUGAACUGAUGGAAAAUCAUGGUAUUUAUUUAAUCGGUAAAGAAAUUCUAAACCAAGACAAACUUUUAACCGAAACUUUAAAAUUAAAACGAUAUUCUUUACUUCCGGAUGUUAGCGCUUUUAAUCAAUCUGGGUUGAUCAAGCAACAAAGUUUAUUACCGAAUCCAGUCGAAAGAGCAAUGGAUUUUCAACUAAACUCAAAUCGGCAUCAUUGUGUAACGCAAUGUUUAUGUGAUUCAAGUGUAGAUAUAAUUAAAAAGGCACCGAAAAGUCGCAAACAGAAACCACCAUCUCGAAAAGAUUUAGAUGUUAUUUUUGUAGCUAAUCCAACAUUAAUAAGUUUCUUCGACUACAAGUUAAAUGUAAAUUAUAAACGAACUUUAAAAAUUCGCAAUAUGACGACUAAAGGUCGUUCUAUAACGAUAAAAACCCUCCCAAAAUCUAACGAAUUCAGAAUUUCUGCCGAAACAUCUCCAAGAGUCGCUCCGGGAAUGUGUGCCGUCUACACGGUUGAAUACAAAACCGCAAUUUACAAAGAUUUAAAUGAAUCGGUUAAAUUUAAUACUUUUACCGGAAAAGAUGUCACCAUUAAACUACAAAGUUGGAGUAAUUCACCCAAUUUACGUAUUUAUGUUUUAAAAAACACUUGUAAUUUAACUAGAGACAAAAAUUCUACACUGUGUCUUUCUCAGAGUGAUUUUGAUAUCGAAAGAACGAUGGCUUUGAAUUCUUCAAUCGAUUGUGGAUGUACUUUAAUCGGUUUCGAAGUAAAAAUUAGUUUAAUUAUUAAAAACGAUGGCGGAUUGGGAAAAUUUUUCUUUUUAAAUGAAGCCGAUUGGUAUCACUAUUCGAUUUUUAACAUCAAUAGUUCAAUGGAAUUGGUUUCGGAUGCUUUUAAACUUUAUCCGGUUUAUUUUGUUGUUGAUAAUGAAGAAUUUGUUGAAAUUAUGAUUAAUUUUUACCCAAAACGUUAUGGACUGUUUGCGGAAAUGGUUUAUUUACUUUGCAAUAACAAUACGUGUGAAGAAUUGGAUUUUAUCGGCGAUGGAAUUUAUUUCGAGAAAAAUUUUAUUACUUUCCAUUUAAAACAAAAAGAUGCAGAUCCAUUUUUCUUGGAUAUCGAUUCCGAUUAUUGUCUUCACGUUGGAAAAACCUUAACAUGUCAAACUGUUAAAGCCCAAUUAAAAAUAUCGAAUAUUAGCCCUAUAAAUUUAAAUUAUUAUUGGUCGAUAAGAAAAUCAUCGAACCCAACAGUUUCCGAUUUUAAACAUUUAGCGUUUCAUUGGAUAACAAUUGAAGAUGACACAAAAAGUCUUCCUUAUUAUAGUAGUAAAGAAUUUUCGAUUCGAGUUCAACCGGAAACAACCGUAGAAGGACUUUAUAGAGUUGUUUUGUGUUUGUAUAUUGAAAAUAUUCCUGAAAUAAGUCUUAAAGAUCAUCAAAAUUUUAAUGUCAUCGAAAGAAAUGAUUCAAAAGAAGAUUUGAAGGUUCUUGACGUUUUAGUUGGUGAAGUAGAACUUUUAUUAGAAAUUGAACCAAUCGGAAUUAUAAUCGAACCAAAUCCAAUUGUAGUUCCUAAUUUUAAACACACCGAAACUAUUUUGGUUUUAUCCCAAACAUGUUACAAUCUCCAAUGCCAAUGGAAGCGUCAUAAAUCAAACCGUUUUACUUCAAUAGAACCGAAAGUUUUUGAAUUAUAUGAUAAAAUGGAAUGCACGAUUCUAAUUAAUGCCGAUGGGGAAUUUAAUGACAUCGAAGAACAAUUUUUAUUAUCAGUAGAUGGAGGUUAUAAACAACAACUCCGUGUUCUAUUAACCGCUGAUGCUCCAAAAGUAGCGUUUGAUCGACCAAUUUUAAAUUUUGGCGAUUUAAUGAUUAAUUUUUCUUACGAAAAAUGUUUAUUUGUUGAAAAUUUAAGUGCAGAAUCGGUUUUUUGGGAAGUCUACGAAGAAAACGACUUUCAAAAUGUAAUUUAUCCCACAGAGGGAGUUUUAAAACCGUAUGGAAAAUCCCAAAUUAAUUUCGCCCCAAAUACAAAAGUUUUAGGUGAAUUUCAAUCAUUUUUAAAAUUAACUACAAACUUCUCCCAUUCGAAUGAUUUUGAUUCGAUUUGUAACGUAACUUAUAAUAUAACCCAACCGGAUCUUUUAAUCCAUACAAACACAUCAGAAUUUCCGAUUUUAUGCCCAGAAGAUAUUCUUUUUGUAGGAAAGCCAACUCAAAUGCACAUCUGUAUUCAUAACGUCGGCAAAGUGAUCGCAAUUUUCUUUUUUGGAACACCAACCGGGGGUUGCGUAAAUGAUUUUGAAAUUAAUCUAAAUCCAAUCGUUGGAAUUAUUAAAAAUGGUGAAAAUAUUCACGUUGAUGUAACGAUUAUACCAAAAUCAAUGGGGUUUUAUCAAGACAUUUAUUUACCGUUAUUCGUUUUGGGUUUAAAUAAAAUAAUUUUAAUUAGACUAAUGUGUUUAGUAGGAGAUGUUACGGUUAAUAUUUAUUUGCCGUACGGAAAUAAUGAUUAUAGUUGUAUUUUAUGGCCUAAAAUUGCUAUCGAGGAAUAUCCGGACGUUUAUGUUGCGGAAGGACCACCAGAUGACAUCAUCAAAUACCAAGAUUUCGUCGAACCUGAAUGCGAAUCUUAUGGUGGAAAUUUUAACGAAAGGAUUUCUUUACCUAGUUUUAAUCCUGAAGAAGAAUCAAUUAAAUAUGAUUACUUUAAUUUAUUAGAUGGAGCACCUACUACAACAGAAUUUUCAAGUUCCAGUGAGACAACAACUACAACAACUUAUAGUACCACCACAAAAACAAUUAAAGAUAGAGUUUUGGAAUUGUUUAAAGGAAAGGCUAAUUUGCAAAAAUAUUAUAUCGAAUUUCAAGCGGUCCCUUUAAGAACACCGGUUAAACAAACAAUUAAAAUCGAAAAUUUAACUCCUGGUGAAGGAUUAGUAUACAUGGAAGCGAUUAAUUUUUAUCCAGAAUUUGAAAGAAUGAAAAAUCUUAAUGAUGUGUUGGCUGAGUUGAAACUGGCUAAAUCAACUGUUUGGGAUGAGAUUGUAACACCAGAGGGAAUCGUUGUCAAAAUAGAAAACCAAUCCAAAAAUUUAAAUUCAUUUGAAAUCAUCGAAUUUGACGUUUGGGUUUACGCAACAACUUGGGGUUAUUAUUUAGAAGAAAUCGUUGUGGAUAUAAGUGAAGUAUUACCGUUCACUUUUAGCGUUUUAAUCGAAGUUCUUGGUUUGCCUAUCGAAUAUCCAAUUGGGUUAAAUUCGAUUCGAAAAGAACCAAUUUUAAGAUUGGGAACUUUAUCAUAUAAAUCAGACGAUAUUCAAAGGCGGGUGAAAAUCGUAAAUACAAGUGUUUGUGCGAUAACUAUAACAUGGAACGUUUUUAUGAAAGUUGAAAAGAAGAUAAAAUCGAUUUCGAUCGCCUUAGAUUUACCUUUAUCGGACGAUUUAGAAGAUGGUUGCGAAUCAAAACCGAAAUUGGUGAUUUUUGACCAAUAUCUAGGAAAACUAAAUAUCAAACAAUUUAGUGUUGAACCAAGAGUUUCAACAAUCCCGCCACAUAGUUUUGUUUACGUCACCGUUACAACCAACGUGAAUAACUUCGAUGAGAUGUACUUAGAUCAAUCAAUUCAUGCUCAUUUAGUAGGUAUAAUCAAAAUUCCUUGUGAACAAAGAUUACAUGAAAAUUUAUUUGUAAGACCACACGGAGACGAAUUACUACCGACAAAAUUAAAAAUAACACUUCAAAUUUCACUUCCAACGAUAAUAUUAGACGGUUUUGAUGAUCAAAAACCAAUAAAGAUGACAACUUUCGCUUCGGAUGUCUUGCAUAACGAGCAAUUUUCAACAACACGUCGAUUAUUACUUAAAAAUACCUCAAAAUCGCAGGCUUUGGUUUAUUUAGACGUUGAUAAGCCUUUUAAAGUUGAAAAAAUCAUUGCACCUAACAUAAUAAGUAAAACUUUUAAAGGAACCAUACCUUUACACCCCGAAGAUACCAUGGAGGUGUUUCUGAGUUGUUUCUUGUGUAAAAGAGAUAUUUUGGAGUUGGUGGAAAAUUUAAAAUUGGGCUCAAAAGGUUCCGAUUUUUCCAACAUCGAUUAUGAAGAAAAUUCUUUAACCAUUUCAAAGGAUUUGUUCGUUUUUCAACGCGAAAAUUUAGAUAAAACGAUUCCUUUGGAAUUGAAAAUAUUUUUUCCUAUUUUUAAAGCGAAACCGAUUCAUAUUCAAUUUGGUAAUGUUUAUAUUGGAAAUACAGCCAAGCAAAUUGUUUGUAUACGAAAUCUAACAAUAUCCCCACUUAGUUUUAACGUUUAUAAAACCAGUAAAUAUCCUGAGUUUAUUAUACAACCAACUAAUGGGAUUUUGAAACCAUUAACAAGCGGAGAAGAGUUUGUUUUAUCAAUAUUUUUUACUCCAACUGAACCUCAAACGUAUCUGUUAUGGUUUGCUAUUGAAACGACUUUGCCGCAUCAUUUUGCUGUUAUAAACGUGGUUGGGGUUGGAACUUAUGAUGAAAAUUAUUAUAAACCAGGGUUGCAUUAACUUAAUUUUUUUUUAAUUUAUUUUAAAUUUAUU